GGAGAGAAUUUGGGUAGGGGUCCUUUUAAGUCCCCAAGGCUCCUGUUUUCGAUGGGACCGACGUGUCCUAUCCCUCGUGGUCACAGAAUUUUCUGCUGAGUGCCCGGCACAACAAUCUGUUUGAAGCGUUUGUUUCUGAGACUGAGAUUCCAAUUGCUGACAUUGGUUUCGACUUGACCCCCUGGGUAGAGAAAGGAUUCAGUGUGGGUGUGCUGCGUCAGGCUGAAAUGGGAUGGUGGUUUCUGUUUGAUUGCUUGAAGAAGGAAAGUCUGAAAACUAUGGCUAGGCACGCUGGUUCCCCCAGCAAGGCGUUCCGAGUGCUCAAAGAUCACUUCCUACCGUUGAGCCAGAGUCAGAUUCGUGUGCAAGAGGAGAAACUCAAGUCAUUGCGCAUGCGUUCGAAUGAGAAUCCCUCCAUCUUCUUUACAUCUAUGAGAGAGACGCUUGGUGUGCUUCAGAUGCUGGAAGUUAAGAAAGAGGACAGAGAGGUAUGCAACCUGAUGCUCGGGGGAUUGUCACAUGAGUAUAAGACCCUGCGUGAAACUCUGGUGGUGUUCUGUCCGAAUGACCCGUCGUUCAUAGAGACUAAAGUGCGUGAGAGGUAUCUCGACUUGCUGACUCAACCUGGUCCGAAGAAACACAGUGUUGCACUCAUGUCUAGACCUGUGAGGAAGAGUGCGAAGAAGCAGAACCAGAAGUCAAAGUCUAACUCCGAGUCUGAUUCGUCUAAGAAAAAGAUUUUUCAGGGGAAGUGUUUCGAGUGUGGGGAGAAGGGUCACCUGAAGAUGGACUGCCUGGCUCGUGUGAUAGCUCAUCCCUCUCAGACCGGACCAUCCGAGGACGACAAGGAUGAGAACGGUGAGAAGUCUGACUUGGUGUUGUUGUUAUCUCAAGCCAACUCAAGCGAAUGGAGUGGUGGCAAGUACAUUGCAGCAAUGUAUGCCAAAAUCAUGCAGAAGUGGCAGGAGUCCCGUGGUAGCAGUAGAAAUGAUGCUGUUUUGGAACACCAUGAUACCAUGUAUCUUGAAGCGUUGUAUACCGAAGCAGAGGAUGAGUUGAAGAAGUACGUCGGCAGUGACCGUGUUGUCCGUGAUUCUAUUCGCGAACACUCCACUCUUACGAAGAAGGAUAGAUGCAUCGAAGAUUGGUAUGCGGACACGGGUACAGCUUUCCACAUGACAGACUCUCUCUCUUGCAUGAAGGAUGUGAAACCUUGCCACAAGAAAGUAAAAGGAAUUGGUGGCGUAACUUGUGAGGCGAAAGUUCUGUUUGGGCAUGUGCAGUUACCUAAGACUGAUAGACUCUGGGCGGAGGCCAUGCACUGGGCCUGCGAGGCACUCAAUCACACGGCUUGUUCUGCUAACCCCGACUCCAAAUCGCCGUAUGAAAUGUGGUAUGGGGAAGCUCGUCCUGCUAGACCGUAUCCGUUUUUGAAGCCAGCGUACUGUAAAUGGCAGCGACCGUCUAAGCUGCUACCGAAGGGUGAGAGUUGCUUUUAUGUUGGUCCUUCGAGAGACCACCCACGUGAUUGUCAUAGAGUACUCACCAGAGCUGGGACUAUUCAGGAAACGAGGAACGUAACGUGGGAAGCGUUGCCGUCACAGCUCCCUCCACCGCAACCUCCGCUGCCGAUAGAGGUCGCAGAGGAGGAAGGGGAGGAAAGUGACGACGAUGUAGAAGCUGAGGGAGGGCAGGAAACGGGGGAAGUAGAGUCCGAAGAUCCGGGAGAGCAUGAUGAAGUAGAGUCGGAGGAUCCGGGAGGGCAUGAAGAAGAGUCUAUGGAUCAGGGAGGGCAGGAUACAGAGUCGGCGGGGCCGGGAGGGCAGGAAGUAGAGGUGGAGGCAUCUCCUCCAGCCGCUCGCCGUCCGCAGCAUGUCGUUGACCUUGCUGAUUUUAAUACUGCUGCGCGUGAGAGUGAUGAGGUCCGAGCUGGUAGAACUCGUGCGCAAACCCGUGCGAUAAAUCAGCAGAGCGUAUCCGGCCUUGUGGCUACUCUAGGACCCAUCUCAGCAUCAGAGAUAGUACAUGCACUCAUAGCGGAGCAGAGAGCAGGUGAUGCAGUAGAAUUGCCGAAAGAGCUCAUUCAGGACGUAGAGCCAGAGCCUGGUAGCUAUCAAGAAGCUCUGCGAUCGAAGCAUGCCACGAUUUGGGAUAAAGCCAUGUCUGCAGAAGUUGAAGGCUUGAUACGAGCAGGAACGUUCACGUUAGCAGCAAAAAUCCCAGAAGGUUGUAACGUGAUUGAUGCUAGAUGGGUUUUCAAAUGGAAAGCAGACGAAACAGGAAAGAUAGUAAAGGCCAAGGCUAGGCUUGUAGCGAAGGGCUUCAAGCAGAAGCAUGGGGUGGACUAUCUUGAGACUUUCUCGCCUACUGCAAAUGCUGCAUCGAUUCGAUUGGUAGUAGCAUUGGCGUGCAAGUAUAACUUGGAAUUACUCCACUUAGACAUUGAGCAAGCCUUUGUUCAGUCGAAAUUGGAUCACGAGGUGUUCAUGAAGUUGCCUCCUGGCUGUGAUUCGAUGUCAGGAAAAAUUGUCCGUUUGAACAAGAGUUUGUACGGUUUGAAGCAAGCAUCUAGAACAUUUUACAAGAGGCUCGUGUCGGACCUGCUUCGGAUAGGUUUCGAGCAGUCUCUGUCUGAUCCCUGUGUCCUGCGUUUCAUGAUGGGAGACGAGGUGAUGGGUAUAAUCGCGAUUCAUGUGGAUGACAUUCUGUAUGCAGGAACGAAGAGGCUUGCCGAGGUGAUUGUAGAGGCACUAGGUGACUCUCUUCCUACGAAGAAUUUGGGAGAAGUCAGAUUUUUUCUUGGUUGCGCAUUUAGUCGCGACCGCGAGGCUGGCACGAUUGAGAUUUCUCAAGAGAGUUACAUCAGGAGUGUUCUAGAGAGAUUCAAUAUUUGUCGCACCAGCUCGAUCCCCGCUUCCCCUGCCAACGAUAGCAGGUCCGUGAUGGAGGAUGAGGAGGCAGGAGAUGUGCCGUUCAGGGAAGUGGUGGGAUGCCUGAUGUGGAUCGCCAACAAUACGAGGCCAGAAACUUCGAACGCUGUGCGGACGGUGGCGAGACACUCUCACGAGCCCAAGAAGAGUGACUGGAAGGCAGCCCAGAAGAUUUUGAGUUAUCCAAAGGAAACGGCACAUCUAACUCUGAAGUACAAGCAGGACACUACGGUAGACGUAGGCACGUAAGUGUACGUAGACGCUGACUUUGCCAGCAAGGCCACUGA